AUGGCUUCGUCGGCCAAACUCAUUGCCCUCCAAAGAGCCUUUCCACGAUCUCAAGGCAAAGGUAGACCCCGGCUGACGCAGGCUCGCCUUUUUAGACGUGCUUGGUCGACCGGCGCGAGAUGGUGCGUCGCCAAAAAGCAGCCGCUCUCCGCGCAUUCGCAGCGAGGAAGGGUCGAGCCGUGGACGACAAUACACAACUGCGAACUCAGAGAGAUGGCGACGGUGCAGCAUUUCAAUCCAGACAAAUGGGGACCGCUCGAUGAAUACGAGAGGAGAAUACACUGCGGCCAGCUUCGAGACGAUGAGCACCAACGCACCAUCGUGCAGACACUUCAAGAUUUACAUGACAUGCUUAUUGAUUAUGAGGCGCCCGAAGUUGCUCACCCAAGUAUCGAAUCUCUCAGGCCAACCUCACGCUCUGUCUUCUCUUUUUUUCAUCCAGCUCCACGGAAGAAACGGACACUGCUUCCUGAGAAUCUGCCAAAGGGUCUCUACAUGUUUGGCGACGUGGGCAGUGGGAAAACGAUGCUAAUGGAUAUGUUUUUUGAUACUCUACCACACAAUAUCACAUCCAAGACCCGCAUACACUUUCAUAACUUCAUGCAAGAUGUACAUAAGCGACUGCAUGCAAUGAAGACGGAGCAUGGCACUGAUCUGGACGCUGUGCAGUACGUUGCCGCAGACAUCGCUGAAAAAGGCAGUGUACUCUGUUUCGACGAGUUCCAAUGCACUGACGUCGCUGACGCUAUGAUUUUACGGAGUCUUUUGGAAGCUUUGAUGUCUCAUGGGGUCGUGCUGGUCACCACUUCAAAUAGACAUCCAGAUGAUUUGUAUAAAAAUGGUAUACAACGCGCCUCUUUCAUUCCAUGUAUUAAUUUGCUGAAGACGAAGCUUCGAGUGCUUAAUUUAGACUCCACCACAGACUAUAGAAAGAUCCCACGACCGCCAUCAGGGGUUUAUCAUCACCCUUUGGAUAAAGCUGCACGCUCGCAUGCCAAUAAAUGGUUUCGUUUUCUCGGAGAUUUUGAACACGAUCCACCGCACAAAGCUACUCAUCAUGUCUGGGGUCGUGAGGUUGAGGUACCAAAAGCAAGUGGAGAUGCUGCUAUGUUCACCUUCCGUGAAUUAAUUGGCAGAGCUACUGGGGCUGCGGAUUACUUGGAGCUGACAAGAUCGUAUCAUGCGUUCAUCGUUACAGAAGUUCCAGGUAUGACACAUAAGUCAAGAGACUUAGCCCGCAGAUUCAUCACCUUCAUCGAUGCGGUAUACGAAAGCCGAGCGAAGCUGGUGCUCACAACGGGCGUUCCACUAUUUCAGCUAUUCAUGUCGGCAGAUGAGAUUGAUGAGGCACUUGAACACGGCAGGAAAGGCGGCACAGUCAAGAACGAAGAAGACCAUGAAGGCGUGGACGAUGUGAUGAGGCAGAUGAUGGAUGACUUGGAUAUGAGCAUGACCAUGCUGAAAAGCAGCAGCAUGUUCUCGGGCGAUGAGGAGCGUUUCGCCUUUUCGAGAGCUUUGAGUCGCCUUAGCGAAAUGGGCAGCCAGGAAUGGGUUGAGCGAGGCUUGGGAAUGGAGCACCGUGGAGGGUUGGACGAACGAGAAGGCUGGCAAAGAGUGCGGUCCCGAUGGAGAGAGGAUUCUAUGUGA